GUUUUGAUAUAUUUUUGAUGAUUGUUUAUUAUUUAAUUUAUAAUAUACAUUUGCGAUUCUAAAUUGAUAAGUUAUAAACACUAGUGCUCUUAUUACAACAUAUAAUUGAUUAUAAAUUUAUAUAACUAUGGUUGACGAAAUGAAGUCUCAAACUAGCGAGAUUUCUCCGGAAAGUGUCAGUGUGAUAUAUGGACACAAAGUGUGUCAGACUCGUAAAGCAAACUGGCUGUGUAUUGAAGAUAUCUAUCAAAAGUUCCACAGACCCAACUUCUAUGAUAUCGGAGGCACGUACAUUGAUGACGUGGCCGACUACUGGUUUGUGUACAAAACUGAGCAGAUAGCAGACCUUAACUUGCUCCACCUGUUUGUUUGGAACCGUCACGAGGAGAGUAUUAUCCGAGUAGCUGUAAGUGAUGGUAACGAAUUACUAGUAGAUAAAAAAAGUGAAUCCGUCUUCCUGCCUAGAACAUUAACACAACAUGACUUUAAAAAAGUGAAAGAAAUCUCUAAACAUUACAUCACAACAUUUACAUUUAAAGAAAUAGACAUUGAACUUCUUAAAAAUAGGAGAUUGUAUAUUGCUGUAUCAUUUGAUUGUAAGGAUUCGGAGGAGCUAAGCUAUGAAAUCAUAGACAAUGUUAAGAGCAAUCAUGACUUCAGUGCAUUGUUAAAGGAUCCAGUGAGCUCCGAUUUCACCAUAGAGUCUGCUGAUGGUCACCAAUUCAAAGUCCAUAAAGUACUUCUGGCAGCACACAGUGAAGUAUUUAAGGCUAUGUUGAAAGAUGAAAUGGCUGAGUGUCAAACUGGUUAUGUAAAGCUUAUAGAUGUCACUAAAGAGGAUUUCCAAAAUGUUUUAGAGUUUAUUUAUAGUGGUAGUGUAAGUGAUAUAGAAGGUAGCAACUUCUUUAACCUCUUACAGCUUGCAGAUAGAUUUAAUUUACGUGGUUUGGUUGACCUUUGUCAGUAUGUAUUGGCCCAGCAUUUAACAGUAGAAAAUGCAUUAGAAACCUUAAUUGUAGCCGAUAUGUACAAUGCUACCGUUCUCAAAAUGGCUGCCAUGAAGGUCAUCAAGAAAAACAGUUCAAUUAUAAAGACUGAUAUGUUUAAAGAAAUUAAAAAUGUUGAUUUAACUCGAGAGCUCUGUGAAUAUUUGGUGCCUUCUCAGUAAUAUUAUGUUGUAGUUGUUUGUAGUUACCAUUUCACCACUUUUCGAUAUAUAUAAAUAUAAAUAUAGUAUGUGUAAUCAUUAUUAUAAAACCUUUGUAUCAAUUUAAAUGUUAUGAUCUAGCUUAUCAUUUCACAUAAGCCUAAGUAAAAGAUAUUCAAUGAUACUAGAAUUGUGCAGUCAACAGAAAUAGCUUAUUUCUGUGUCCAGUAAUAGAAGAUGUAAUUAUGUGAGUAAUGCUUGCACAAAAAAACACAACAAGAAUAAUGACUCUGUUUUCGCUUUCACAAUCAUAAGUCAAUACCAUAUUUAUCUUUAAAGUCUUUAUUGGCAUAAAAUUUUAUUAAAGCAGUCUGCAUAUAUAUUUAAUCAUAAACUAACUAAAAAUGGUGAAAUGGAAAUACUUAAUUUGUUUGUCUGUGAUCAGUAUUGUGCAUCAGAUAGAGAUUAUUUCAUUAUUAUAUUAGUUAUUAAGUAUAAAGUUGUAAAUUGCAUGAAUGCAAUAAUAGUGAACUACACUACUAUUAACAACAUUAACAAUUUGUGGCCAAAUUUUCUCUUAUAUUUUGGCCAUAUUUAAUUAUUACCUCCAUACCUUUAGAUUUUAGGAUACAGUCUAGAGCGGUGUUUCCCAAUUCACGUACCCCAGGGGUACGUGAAAUUGCAACAAGGGGUACGUGCGGCUUUCAGUAAAAACAAGAAACAUAUUGUUUUAUAACGAUCAUCAUCGUAAAAGCACGGAGCACCGAGUACUAUGACCCACCGUGCGUUAUCCCGCGCCUGCCGCAUCUCGUCAUCCGGCUGCCCCCGCCAC